AUGCAGUGCACUACAAAUUCUAGGCAUCGUUCUAGCUUGAAGCAUUGCGAUACGUCGCUUUCAGUAAAGACUGGAACACAGCAUGGAAUCACAGCUUCCAUCACUAGGCCAAGUACUGUGAAUCGGAUAGGCGCCGAUAAGCGUUGGGUGGACGAGGAUAUUACACAUUAUGGCGCUAUUGAGGAGAACUGCGAUGAUUUCGAUGAAUGGGUUGAAAGGAAUCUGCCUGUUGUCAGUCCGUAUCCAAAGCCUGGAUGGUCAUACUCGAAUCUGAUAGCGUUAGCUCUCAAAAAUAGUGAAACAGGACAGCUGACUGUUUCGGAAAUUUAUGCUUUUAUGCUCGAACAUUUCCCGUACUUUCGUACAGCUCCGUCAGGUUGGAAAAACUCUGUUCGGCACAACCUUUCACUAAACAAAUGUUUCUGUAAAGUUGAGGUUGGUUACGUGGUUAUCCCUUGUUUGGCCAAAAUGUUGAAUAUCUUUUUUGAGGUUGACGAAGAAAUUUCGUUAGCCCAGCAAACUCGCAAAUCUUGUCUUUGGAUGAUUAACCCCGACAGAUUGGAAAAGAUUGAGCAGGACAUAAAGAAGUGGCGCGAGCGAAAUCCUGAUACUGCUACAGAGGGAAUGGCUCGACCAGGUAUAAGUUCAGUAAAUUCCCUUGUGUGA